AUGAUUAAAGGCACCAUAGUCUAUAAUUUGCUCCUGUUAAUUGCCACCCCUAUCGUCGACGAGGAAGAAGAGGAUGAGCCUUUAUUUAUUCCUUUUCCGCUUACAACAAAGCGUAUCGAUCAGCCUCCGUAUUCAAGGAAUGGUCCAGAAUGGGUAGAGUACAGGAGGGUACUCACAGAUCCGAAAUUCCGCACCUGGCUGAGGAUAGACGAAGCUGCUGAAGUCGCUCUAAAGAGCGCCGGGCGAAGUCUCCUCUUUGAGAGGGUCGGAAUGGGGCAAAACCUGAGAAUUGCGUACACUCGGUUGGACAUCGAUAUUCCCACGCACCCGCCGCCCCUGUAUGAACGGUCAGGUCUCUUGAUCACGGACGACUCGAUAGCAUGGGCAACCGCGCCUUUCAAAUCCCAGACUGCGAAACUCCUAAAUCGGGUACUGUGGCCAGAGCCUCUCGCCCUGUCCUCCUGGGCCUUUCUCACGGCCAUGACCAAGCAGACGGCGGCUGAAGUUGCCGCCUUUUUUGGUUUCGGGCGGGCUGAACCUCCAAACACCCCGAGUCCCGGGCCCACUUCAUCACCUCUACCGACAUCUCGCAGCCCAGACGUCCAGAAGGCGCUCGAGCAAAUUCAAUCCCGACAGCAUGCUUCCAGGCCACCGGCAGAGGUCAGUGGCCCGAGUUCCAUGUCUUCGGCAACGCCGGCUGCGCCGGCGACCCGUUCGAGCUCGCAAGGCGGUGGGGAAGUGAGCCCAUCGGGCAAGCCAACUUCUGGCCAAGGCAAUGGGAACGAACCCGCGAGGAAGCAACCUGCUGAGGGGGGAAUAGGAGCUUACAUUGGGCCCACGCCCUCACAAGCCUUUGCCAAGAGGUGGACACAGCUAUGGAGACCACUCAGAGCCGACCCACCACGUGGUGCUGUCCUCGUCUCUGGGCGCGUUGAAAUGGAAAGCAGCAGGGCGUGGUUCGUCAUCCAUAUGUGGAUGUGGUAUAACCCGAAAACCCGGUCCUUCGACUCAGCGAGCUCUGAAUUGAUACUCCGGCGGGUAAUAAUGAAGUCGUAG